AUGGACUCGGAAAUCCACGGGAUGCUUCGCUGCAGCGACUGCUUGCUCCGUCUCAGAUCUAGGGCCCAGCAAUCCAAAGGGUUGCCCUAUUGGACUAUUUUUAAUGGGGUAGUCCCGCCUCGACCCGCGAAAGCUGUCUGUCGAAGCCACCCUAUGGGGCCUUAUAACAACUGCUACGGAAUGAAGGUUGGUCAGUCUAAUUCUGGUUGUGUUGAGAAAGACGCUUACGGGAAGCCCUUCAAUUUCGAGGAGCUUAAGAAGGACUACUUCAUGCAUGGGACUAAGCGCGAUGUGGCCGUUGACGAACGACGUGCCGUCGCUCUGGAUUGCGAGAUAGGUAUAUCCUCUAUGGGCGAGAGUGAGCUCAUUCAAAUAGCUGUAAUUGACUUCUUCACCGGAGAGAUCCUCGUGGAUUCCUUAGUCUGGCCCAAUAUUAAGAUAAGAUAUCUGUUAAGCCGCCACUUAGGCGUCACCUAG